AUAUUCAUUUUAUAAUAGGUAUAGAUAAGAUAGACGCAAUGUUAAUUGUCAAAAGUAAACUGCUUAUAGUCAAGGAAUGUGGAAAACUAAGAAGAGGAGCAGAGAGAGUGUUGAGUGCGAGACAGAGAAGCACGCUUAUGGAAGGAAUCCAACACAAGUUUGUGAACGUGGGUGAUCUGAAGCUCCACGUUGCAGAUAUCGGAAGUGGACGAAACGCCGUCGUAUUCCUGCACGGCUUCCCUGAGAUAUGGUACUCGUGGCGGCACCAGAUGAUAGCCCUGGCCGAUGUGGGAUUCAGAGCCAUCUCCUUCGAUUACAGAGGCUACGGUCUUUCCGACGCGCCACCCCAACCCGAUAAGACCACGUUCUCCGAUCUUCUCAAUGACCUCCUUGCCAUUCUUGACGCUCUUGCUCUUCCCAAGGUGUUUCUUGUUGGGAAAGAUUUUGGAGCUCGUCCUGCAUAUCUGUUUUCCAUUCUACACCCUGAAAGGGUCUUGGGAGUUGUCACAUUGGGAGUUCCAUAUGUUCGGCCAGGCCCCUCUGUAUAUCACAAAUUACUUCCUGAAGGCUUCUAUAUUUUGAGAUGGCAGGAACCUGGAAGGGCAGAAGCUGAUUUUGGACGCUUAGAUGCAAAGACUGUUGUGCGAAAUAUUUACAUCCUCUUCUCUAGAAGUGAAAUACCAAUAGCUAAUGAAAACCAGGAGAUCAUGGAUUUGGUGGAACCUGAUACUCCUCUUCCCUCUUGGUUCACAGAGGAAGAUCUUGCAACAUACGGAGCCUUGUAUGAGAAAUCUGGAUUCCAAACUGCAUUGCAGGUUCCAUAUAGGUCAUUAGGUGAAGUGUGUAACUUACCAGAUCCUGUGGUUAAAGUUCCAGCAUUUCUGAUAAUGGGUGGCAAGGAUUAUGUUCUGAAGUUUCCAGGGAUUGAGGAUUUAACAAAAGGUGAAAAGGCAAAAGAGCUUGUUCCCAAUUUGGAGGUUACAUUUAUCCCUGAGGGAACUCAUUUUGUUCAAGAACAGUUUCCCGAACAGGUGAAUCAGCUUAUUCUUGGCUUCCUUGCCAAGCACACUUGAUAUUGUACUUUGGCGUGGAAAUAGUCAUGAAUGGUGUACGUGGAUUGUGAAGAGUGGGAAAUUUAGCCAAAGUGCAAUACAAAAUGUUUAUUUCUGUGUAAUAUAUAUCAUGUCAGUGUUACACAUAUGCAGAGUUAUAAUUCGGCAGCAACGGUGUCUCAUGUAUAAUUUACAUAUGGCCGAAAUUUUACUGAAUUAAGGUGCAACUGCAAAAACAUCAAAAGUAGUAAUAUAUCAUAUUAAUAU